UUGCCGACUCGGAAGUUCUCGCAGAACAGAAACAAGGUUGGUACAUGAUGAAUACGCUGAUUGUUAUUAUCUCGUGCAUCUACAUGGCCCGUGCCCUUCCACACCCUGAAAAAACCAUGAGAGUGGAGAAAACCAAGCGGGAUGCUGGAGCGAUAGGCCUACACCACUACAAUGUCCAUGCCCAUGAAAUGGGAACCCUGGUUGAAGAAAAAGUGGAUGUGGACGAAGAGCGAGGACUGGUCAGCUACUCCAUUCCACAGCACAAUGACAUAGACGAAUCUGUGUUUGUGUACGAUUUCAAAAAUAAUCUGACUCUGAUGAUUUUUGCACAAGCAGGAAAAUGUUAUGUGGCUCCUUUGGACGACCGCGAGUCACAAGAUCCAAAGACGACCGUUGCAGCUUUUCAGAGCACAGGCGAGCAGGAAAAGGCUGUAAGCGGUAUUGAGACCGACUCCUAUGUCAUAGAUGGCGGGGAAGUUGAAGCGGAUGCCGUUCUUCCCCCUGAUCUUGUCGAACGAUGUUCCGGAAUGUCUAUGUCAAGAGUGAAACCAAUGUUGGAAACAUUUAGUUUUGACUCGGACGGUAAGUAA